AUGAUUAACAGGUAUACAUUAAUAAUUUUGGGAAUUUCAUUAUUAUGUUGUAUUAAAUGUCAUGUUUCAUUAAUAUAUCCUCCAUCUAGAUAUCCUCCAUUUGACUUUUUAGAUACAAAAAGAACGAUAGGAGCAUGUGGUGUUGGAAGGAAUAAUAAACCAAAUUAUACAACAUUUUUAACUAAAACUAGUUAUGACAUAUAUUGGAAUAUGCCAUUAAUUCAUAAAGGUGGUUUUCGUAUAAGUUUAAUUGAUCAAAAAGGAAAUCUUCAGGAAGAAUUAACACCAUUAAAAGGAAGUUUUUAUACAGAUCCAUCAAAUGAAACAAUAACAUCAUACAAAGUUAAAUUUAGUAAUACAUGUCUUAAUUGUACAAUCGUAUUGGAGAAAGAACAAAAAGAAUGGGCUGAUUCUGGAAUAUUUCAUUCAUGUUCUGAUGUUCAAAUUAUUGAUAUAAAUAAAGAAAAUGAGGAUAAUAUUAAUGAUGUUAAAUGUUCAGGACAUGGAAUAUUUAAUGGUAUCUCAUGUUCAUGUGAUGCAUUAUAUACUGGAAGUAGAUGUCAAUUUAAAAGUUUAUGUACAAAAGAUAAUGAUUGUAAAAAUGGUGGAAAAUGUAUAUCAAUGAAAAAUAAUCCAACUGAAAAAAAUUGUUAUUGUAAAUUUGGAUUUUUUGGUAAUAAAUGUGAAAAAAAAUUUAUUCCAACAGCAGCAGAUUCAAAUUGUUUUAAUUAUCAUUAUAUUUUAAGUCAAGAUAAAAUGAGAUUUCAAAAAUAUGGACUUUUUAAUACACCUUGUUACAAAAGUUAUAAAUUAAAUGAUAAUGAUAUUGUAUACUUUAGAGUAAUUAAUGAAGAAAUGGAAAUUAUUUUAGAUUAUAAAACAACAUCAUGGUUAUCACUUGGUUGGAGACCCCUUGAAUUAGAUUCUAGUUGUAGAUUGUUUCCCGAAGUUAUAGGUACUGAUAAUCAAAAUGAAGGAUUUUUAAAAAGUGCCCUCGACUCCCCAUUACAUCCAAUGGACUGCAAUGACAUAAUAUUUGCUGCAGUUAAUAAAGAUUAUUUAAGGAUUGGUGACAUGUAUUCUAGGGAUAGAUCUACACCAUUACUUGAUAAUGUCUUAGAUGGUGAAGAUUCAUUAUCUGCUGCUUAUGGUGCAGAGAUUAAGGAUAUUAACAGAACAGUAAUCAUGUUUCGUAGAAAUAUAAGAGAAAUUGAACCAACAGAUAUGCCAUUAGGUCCAGGAAAGAUUAAUUUUAUAUGGGCAAAAGGAUAUGAUUUUGAAGAAGAUGAUAAUUCUAAUGAAAAUGAUAAAAAAUUUUAUGAAAAAGAUUCUUUCAAAUAUCAUGGUCCAAAAAAUCGUGGAACAGCUACUUUUGAAAUGAUAAGUAAAGAAAGUAUGCCAAACAUUGGAAGAUUAAUCUAUAUACCUGAAUUAAAUCAAAGUGUUGUAAAAAUUAAUCCAAAAGUUGAUGACGUAUCAUUGAAGAAUAACGGUGGGGUGGAUAUAAAUAAUACUAAUAAAGAUUUAUUAAAAAAUAAUGAUGACGAAGAAAGUAAAACUAUUUUAAUUAAGAAAACUGACAUAUUUUCAAAAGAUAAAAAUAUAAAAAAUACUUCUUUAAGUAGUAAUGAAGAUAUUUUUGUAAAAAGUAAUGACAUGCUUAAUGUUGACACAAAAAAAGAUAAAAAAACUUCUAAGAAGAUAACAAAUACGUCAGAUGAGGAAAUUAACAAUUUUGAUGAGUUAGAAAAUGAGUCAAGUGAUACUUCUGAAAGUAAUGAAAGAUCAGAAGUUACACUUAAAAAUAAUAAAACUAAUGACGACAAGGAUUUAAAAAUUAUGACAACAACUAAUAUUCCGGUAUUUAGUAAAAAUAAAACACUUUUAAUUAAAUCCUUGUCAAAUGAAUCAUUAGAGACCUUGGAAUCAGAAGAGGAUAUAAAAAGUAAUAACAAUAAUGAAAAAGAAGCAAAAAAUUUGGAUACUUCAAGUGAAACAGUUAUCAUGAUUUAUUCUAAGAAUAAUAAAACAAAAAAUAUAACAAAUACAACACCUUCUACUAUUCAAUUAAAUACUAAUGAUACUGAAAGUAAAAUUAAUAGUAUAAAAGAUUAUGAAGAUAAUAAUGAUACAUCCGAUGAUACAUCAUUAACAUUAGAUGAAAAUGAAAUAAAUUCUAAAAAAGCUACAACUGUAACAACAAAGAAAAUUAUAGAUAAUAAUAUUGAUAAUAAAAAUUCUGUUUGGUUAAAUUCUGAUAACAAUUCUCCAUCAUCAGGUGAAUCAUUUCCAGUGGUCGAUGAUGCUUCAAACAUUAAAAAUAUAGACUAUGGUGAUGUUUCUUCUUCCUCAUUACAAUAUAGUAUGUAUACUUUGAUAUAUUUAACAUUUUUAUUUUACUUAUUAUUUUUUACCAUACCAUAUUAA